CAACAGGUUUUUGAAUUUAAAAAUAAUUUGGCACGUCAAGAAAUGACUUUUGCUUUCUUAUGUGGCACAGAUUUUACAGUAUGUUGUAAUGGGUCCAUCCCGUCUAUUAAUAGAAAGAGAUUAACAUAUUACAUGUUUAGACGUUAUUUUGUGAUAAAUAACACUGGUGAUCCCAUCACCUUGUACUUUUCGAUUGUGCUGUACGGAAAGACAUGAUCUUAUGCGGUUUUAUGCAGUUUAUCAACUAGCAGCUAUGCAUGUGUGAUGAAAAUAAAUCCCAGACUGGGUGCAGGAGUAUUUAGUCCAACGACGGUAAUGUGUAAACAAACCCUCCCACGUGUAGUGUUUUUCACCUUUGAGCACAGGAACAUCCGUAUAACGUUACACAUGCGUGGAAUGGAAUUGCGUAAUAGGGUUGUAUCUAUUGCUCAUAGCCUGUCAGGCUGCAACCUCCCCUGGUCCAAUGAGCAAUAGGUUAAAAAAAGGGGGUCGGGACCAGAUCUCGGGCCAAUUCUAGUGACGUAGGUGGGCUACAACGAACGGGGAGGGAGAAGUCCCUGACAGACCAAACGCAGGGCAGCAGAGGCCUCCCGGCAGCAGCAGCAGCGGUGUGUGCACACGUCACGCCCAGAGGUUGCCACGCAGACACAGACACAGCGGCAUGAUGUGGAAGGUUGGAAGUUGCACACUGUGCCUCUUCGUUUCUUUCUUGGUUUUGGCGACAACAGCUGAGCUGGACGCCGAGAUCAAGGUCGAGGUCUUGUUCCGGCCCGAACAGUGCACCCCGAAGAGUAAAAGAGGAGAUAUGAUCAACGUCCAUUACGAUGGGUUCCUCGCCAAAGAUGGUUCUCAGUUCUACUGCAGUCGAUCAGACAAGAAUGGGCACGCUCAGUGGUAUGUGCUGGGCAUCGGACAAGUCAUCGAGGGCCUUGAUAAGGGGAUGGUAGACAUGUGUCCUGGAGAGAAACGAAAAAUAACCGUUCCACCUGGCCUGGCCUUCGGCUCAGCCGGCAAGGCUCCUGUGCCGCCCAAUGCUACGGUGGUCUUUGAGGUGGAGCUUUACUCUAUUUCGAGGGGGCCACGCAGUGUGGAGGCUUUCAGGGAGAUGGACGUUGAUGGCGACAGAAGUCUCUCAAAGGCUGAGGUGAAAGCAUACUUCAAACAGGAUUUUGAAAAAUCCGGGAAGCCGCGCGACGAGUCGUUCUACGAGAAGCUCAUGACUGAUGUGUUCCGCAAGAGUGACCACAACCACGACGGACUCAUCAGUGCCAAAGAGUAUAAUGUAUAUGAGCACGAUGAGCUCUAGUGUAUCUGGGAAUUCUUUUUAGAUGAUGUAAUUUUGUUCAAUUAGCGAGAAAACAUGAAUAGUUAAAAGGAAAAUCCACCAUCAGAAGGUUUUACAAUGUUGUUUUUUAUCCCCAUCAGCUGGAUUUAAGUGUUUGGAGUCACUAAGACAUCUUUCCAAGCCAGUAAACUAGCCACUCAUGUUUAAAACAACGUACUAAACUAUGCAAGAACAUCUCCAACACGUGGAAACAUCUAUGCAAAUAUCACUACAUUUCUUAUAUGCAAUAUUUUCUUGUGUUCAUUUUUUUUUAAGACUCGUGUCCCGAUGAAAAUUACAGCACAAAAAAGAAACCAGUGUUGCACAAUGUUGUGGAAUGGAAACUGUAACGUGACUGUCACGUGAUUUUCGAGAGGCCUCUCUGAUAUCUCACCAGUGUACAGAUCCAUAAUGGUUGUGCUUGUUUAAAGGACGUCUGUUCUUAUCCUACCCAGAUAUAAAUAAUAAUAAUAACAAUAAACACAAGCCAGUAUUUGUUGACUGUGUACGACCAGUUUGAUAAUAAAACUUUGUGGUUUUUAGAGAUGUGUAAAGGUUUUUGUGUACAGCUUAAUGUGGUUGAAAUACUGAUUAUGGUGUCAAGUUGAACAAUUGAUUUUAGCACUACAAGAAAUAAACCAUAGUAUAUGUGGAAAAUAA